AGAGUCCAUCUUUACGCUUCAACUACCUUAACGACGAAGCCCGCUACUUUCUAAAAAGUCAAAAACGCCCCUCACUCACCUGUCUCUCUCUAUAUAUAUACUAUCUUUAUCACAAAACAGAACACACAAACACACACAAAACCUUGUUCAAUGGAAGAUUGGUUCUUAUGGCUCUCGAGAACAAACCUUGAACCUUCUCUAAUCCACGAAUACGGUAUCUCCUUCUCCCAGAACGAGCUCGAACUCGAAGACGUUGCUUACUUCAACCACGAGUUUCUUCAGAGCAUGGGAAUCUCCAUCGCUAAACACCGUCUCGAGAUUCUCAAACUCGCUCGCCGAGAUCGCAAGAACGCUCCUCCGCUCACCUCUCGAUCGAUAUCCAGAUUCAUGGUUGCUAUCAAGAAAACAGGGAAAUGUUUCUCGGAUCACGUACGCGCCUGGAUCCGCCGCGAAGAAGAGUCGUCUCGAGCUCUGGUGUUGGUGCCGUCGAAGAAGAAGACGAGCAGCGGGAUUAGUAAGUGGAGAGGCGGGUUUAUGAAGAGGAACAAGAGAUCUGUGAUGCCGAGUAAUGGGAAUGGCGGAUUUGAGAAGCAAGAGAGGUUGCUCUUGACCAAUGGGACUCCUUGUAGACUCGAUAGCUUCUCAAGUCCCAUGGUUUUUGAUUACAGUUGCGAGGAUGAGAAACUACUUUAUGAUCAAGAUACUUGUUUCGAAGAUGUCAGAUGGGAUUCUAUGUUUCAGAAUCUCAAACCUACCUAGUAAUCUUGGUAUCAGAUUGAUGGUGAGAGAUGAUGUUUUAGGUUUCUUCCACCAUGGAUUUUUUAAGUUUCAUUCUUUUUUUGGCCUUUGUGUGUUGAAGUGUGUGAUUAGGGUUUUUUUUGGUUAAUUAACUAUUAGGGUUGAGUGGAGGUGUCAGGUGUGUGUGAGUGUGUGUGGGUCUUUGUAAUGAGUCUGUCUCUUCAGUCUUUGCUUUUGGCCUAAGUCUCUGUUCCAGUCAAAAACUUCUUUACAGCUUUUUUUAACUACUUUUUUACUCUGUCUUUCUGAAAAAAGUGUGUACACACAUAACCACGACAACUAAAACCUGCCUCAGGUGAUACCACUACACUACUCUUGAGGUAACCGGAAAGAUCUUGAACCGUAUAGAGACUGAUAAACCGGUCUUAUUCUAACAGUUAAAAUCACGCCAAGAAUUGCGGCAACCCCACAGACGCAAGCCAGUAUCAUGAAAGUCAGCUUGAAACAAUCUGGUCCGUAACAAGUUGAGCUUCCUUGUCUAACAGCCUCAGCAUCAUACAAACGACCAGCUAGUAAACCGAAGAAGAGAACUGCACCAAUUGGGUUUCCUAGAAUCAUGAAACUAUAGAUGAUGCCAAAGUGUUCGAGUCCAAAGAGCUCAGACGCUGUAGGAACCAUGAGAGAGUACUGAAACCCGUAGCAUGUCCCUAGAAGCGCGGUUGCGGGAUAGAGAGUGGCGGUUGAAGAGAGAGCGUAGAGAAUGAAAGCAAGUACCAUUAGAAACUGUGCUAAUGUCAUCCACACGGUUCUCGGCAUUGCUCUUGACUUGACAAAGUGCUCUGAGAUGGCUCCUGAGCUAAGCCGGCCAACAAAGUUAAAGAAACUAAAGAGGCAUAACAAGACUGUUGUGUUCUCAAUGCCAACUGCAAUCCCAACCUGAGCCAAGUUGUUUAAAACUGUGACACCAGAGCCAACACCAAGAAAAUAAAGAAACCAUAGAAGCCAGAAAUCAGCCUUGACCAAAGCUUAUCUCAUUCUAAAAUCCUCUCCUCUCCUCGGUCUUCUCUUCUUCUCAACUGCUCCUCCUCCCUCAGCUAAAAGGGUCUGUAUAUCUGAAGCAUCAUCAUCCUCUAUCUCAAUGAAACUCCCAAGAGAUGAAGAGGGUCUCAACAACGGGUUGGUUUGAUUACUCUCUCCUGCCUCCUGAUCUAAACCUUCCGCAGAUUCGACAAGAGGGUUCGGCUUCUUCAAAGACUUUUUCCGGAUAAAUGUCAUCUUGACAGGAAUUGCAAGAGGAGACACUAGUAGAACAACCACUAAACCAACCAGUGUAAUAUGUAACGCUACUGCUUACUGAGAUCAAACUGCCAACCACAGUGAUGACUAGAACAACGAGAGCAGCUAAACAAGCCAUGGCUUGAGUGAAAACGAAAUGGACAUGCUCAGAUGAAUCCUCUCCAGAAGCAGGAGCACAUGGUCUAAUGAAGUACAUCAUCGAGAAACAGAUAACCGGGAUUCCGAGAGCCAAGAACAGCAGUAAUUUCGUAGAAUACUGAUCAAGAAACACAUUAUAUAUCACAGUGUAAACCGCACCACCAAUUGCAGAAUAACCUUUGAGAAUUCCGGCAACAGUGCCUCUACUGAGUGGAAAAUUCUUCAUAUUCGUCGUCACUAGAACUGCUGUCCCAAACCACGCAUUGCUAUUAGUAGCCACAAUCA